GUGGCCGGCUGGGAUCAGCCUUUAAGAUGGCGUCUCCUCAGGGGGGCCAGAUUGCGAUCGCGAUGAGGCUUCGGAACCAGCUCCAGUCAGUGUACAAGAUGGACCCGCUACGGAACGAGGAGGAAGUUCGAGUGAAGAUCAAAGACUUGAAUGAACACAUUGUUUGCUGCCUAUGCGCCGGCUACUUCGUGGAUGCCACCACCAUCACAGAGUGUCUUCAUACUUUCUGCAAGAGUUGUAUUGUGAAGUACCUCCAAACUAGCAAGUACUGCCCCAUGUGCAACAUUAAGAUCCACGAGACACAGCCACUGCUCAACCUCAAACUGGACCGGGUCAUGCAGGACAUCGUGUACAAGCUGGUGCCUGGCUUGCAAGACAGUGAAGAGAAACGGAUUCGGGAAUUCUACCAGUCCCGAGGUUUGGACAGGGUCACCCAGCCCAGUGGGGAAGAGCCAGCACUGAGCAACCUUGGCCUCCCCUUCAGCAGCUUUGACCACUCUAAAGCCCACUACUAUCGCUAUGAUGAGCAGCUGAACUUAUGCCUGGAGCGGCUGAGUUCUGGCAAAGACAAGAAUAAAAGCAUCCUGCAGAACAAGUAUGUCCGAUGUUCUGUUAGAGCUGAGGUACGCCAUCUCCGGAGGGUCCUGUGUCACCGCUUGAUGCUAAACCCUCAGCAUGUGCAGCUCCUUUUUGACAAUGAAGUUCUCCCUGAUCACAUGACAAUGAAGCAGAUAUGGCUCUCCCGCUGGUUCGGCAAGCCAUCCCCUUUGCUUUUACAAUACAGUGUGAAAGAGAAGAGGAGGUAGGGGCCAAGCCCCCACCCCAUCCCAUCCCAUCCCAUCCCAUCCCAUCCCAUCCCAUCCCAUCCCAUCCCACUCCCCUUCCCUCCCCAGAUAUUUAUGUGAAAUGAACUGCAGCUUUAUUUUUUGAAAUAAAAACUUUUAA